AAGAUGUUACCACAGUGGCCCGUCCAAGCAGCACCUAGUGCCUACUAGUCCUUAGCUUCGAGAGCUCCCUAAUUAUGAUACGUAGCGAAGGGAUGGAUUGAUUUGAUCAGCGGAGGUUUCCGUAGACAAACUAAACUGUUUGAAAGCAGGAAAUAUAGCCGGUCCUAGUUACCUCAGCAUGUAGGCGACUUCUAUACUUGUCAGUCAACCAGUCACUCCAUUUCUAUCCUGUGCGUACUUUGGUGUUACGUCGCUCAUCUUAAUGGUCAGAAUUUGUGGUUGCUAUUCUCGCUUGCUGUAUCAAUCUGUACUUCGGUAAAGAUUUUGUGAUUGUUUUAUUGAUAUUGGCCUGCUGCAAAGGUGCCCGUGCCUGAUAUUGUCAUCGACUGCCAGUAUUGAUGGUCCAUUUUCUAUUCUCUUCAGACCACCGGGUGUAAUCAUAGAUGUCGAGCUCGUAGAAUCUUUUCGUCGUCGCGGACGCGGCAGGAACGAAUAGGAUGGACGCAGCAUCGCCUUCUCUGGGCUCCGCGAGCAACCUGAUUUGGGACCAACGCUGGAUGGUUCUGGGCGGGGCUUGCGGCUACGUUUACCUUUUCCAUGGAGGAUUUUCUCUCUUCUUGGAAUUCGCUUGGCUCUACGUUCCGGCGAUUCUCAUUUGGUGUCUGGGAAAACUCAUCCAAUUUUGGGUAUGGCAAAAAUGGGAACAAAUGGAGGUACUCAGCUGCUUAUAAUCACUUCUUAAUAUUACUACGUUGGUGCGAUAGAAUUCAAAAAUAAGCUUCUUGCUUUCUUUUUCCGCAAAUAUUGGAUGGCCGCAGGGCCCGCUCCUGGUGUAGUACUGAAGGUGGCUGGAUGCAAGAAGCACCGUGCUUCAUCUAUUCGUAGUUCACUAGCUGCUCGACAUUGCGUGGUUAUGGUCAACAUGUGUUUAUGCCGAAGUGUUUUGACGUCGAAUGAGUCGAUCUACAACCUGUAGAUGUAGUUGGAACUCUAUUGCCCAAAACAGACCGAUCCGCUAAUCACGGGCGAAGAGGACGACGUUGCCUCGAUAGUCGCUUCCGAUGGGGACCAAGACCACGCGCUGUCGGAGCUGGAGAGCGAUCAGGAGGCUACACUUAUCGACGCCGCCCUACAGCAAGGCUCCGGCGUCAAAGCCGAGUUUUUGAAGGACUGCGAAUUCCUGAGGUUGAUCAAGGAUCCCAAGUGUCUCCAGUUUUUACUCUCCCGCGUCCGUGUGCGUGAGUUUCAGUGCGGAGAAUUUGCGGUUCGCCGAGGCGCUAAGCGGGACGCUUUCCUGCUAGUGAAGCGAGGGGAAUUAUGCAACACAAUUAUGCCCGUCGAUCGUUCCCAUGGCCAUGCGUGUUGGUCCCGAAAUUUGUUUUCGUUCAGCAUAGACCGUCAAAGAGAUGAGGAACACACGACGUCGGCGUCGGCGUCGCCCACUGAAUGUAUUGCCGUGCUGGCGGGUGACGUCGAGUCUGAUUUGGUCGAAACCACUGCAGCACCAACACGUUUUGUUGUGUCUGAGGCUGGCUUGCAAGUUGUUCACCACAAUAUCAAUGUAACGCACAUUCUGCAUAAAGAUUUUGGGGACAGGGGCUUGGGCGUAAUUUCAUGGUAUAAAAGUUCGAGAUUUUCCAUGCGCGCCACCACGACCAGAAAGAUCAAGCACUGGCAGACGGUGAUACCGAAGGCGACGGGCACACCGGGCCCGCGCAAGCUAUGACGCUGCACAAGGGCGAAACUGUGGUACAGACAUAAAUACAUACGGAGACGUUCCUGCAGUGACAAAAGACCCUUAUCCGGUUCAAUACAUAGAAUGAAUAAUCAUGUUGUUUGCGCACCAUCUCAAACAAUCAUUGAUACCUACUUUCUUGGAAGUGGUUCAUCACUCUUAUAAUUUCCAUGCGUCACGUGGUCCAAGAGAUUAUCGCAAGCAAGAACUUCAUCCACCACACACACAGGCCGGCUUCCUCUUCGUUCUCGCUUCUAUUAUCGCGGGAGAUACUACUGUGCGACACGAAAGCAGCGUUCGGUGCGUUUCUGCAAAGGGCGGUGAAAUUUACGAGCUCUCGGCAGAAGAGGCAAUUCUUCCUGCGCUGGCCUACUUUCCCACCGCAGUCUUUCUUCUGGUUCGGCACCUGCUGGCGCGCAUGAUCAUCGUGGUGAGCACGUUGCACAAGUAUUUCGGUCUCAGCAACGACUUGCUACACACCGGGGAGGUCAGCGACGUGGGCGUGAACUUGGCAAAAUUGUUUCGCGACGUAGAAGCCUAUGCGUCGCAACUAAAGUAAUAUCGCACUAGUACUAUGAAUCGCGGCAAGGCAAUGAGACUCCCCAAGAUAUUAACAUAAAGAUAGAUACGAUUUCGUUCCUCUUAGGCAGGUUCAGAUAAGGAUGGGGAUCUAUCAGGAUCAUUUCUUGUUGUCAUGCAAACUUGCAAUUCGUUUUGGUUUUCGUACGAGUGCGAUAGAAGUUUUGCACAGGAUAUAGCCGCCCAGCAAGGUACUCGUCCCGAUUCGGCAACAUCUGGAGCAAAGGAGGCACCGGCAGAAGACGAAGAUGAGGACUCUGCCAGCGGGACAACCUCGACGAAAAGCGAGACGACGCUGAGCGAAAUCAAAAAAGUUCCCCCCGUCUCGUGGACAAAAGGCAUCGAGAAGGACAAAGACGCCCAGAAAAUUCUGACUGCGCGGUUGGGCCUACCUAGUACGGACUGUGUGAACGGCGAGAAGGUCCGGUUUCUGGACAAGGAAGCUGGACAAAUCGUUACGGAAAUGAUCGUCACCGGUGGAGGCACGAUUUCCUCCGGCCCAAAGAAUGCCACGGCCCUGGCCAUCUUGCUUCAAGGGCAAGUAGACAGUUUUUUUCCGCGCCCGCGGCGAGAACAGAGGCGGUUCGUGUCGGCCUCGGCGUCGAGCAACGGCGACCCCGUGUCGACAGACCCUGCAAACAACUACCCGGACACCAACCGCGCGCAGAACGACCAGCAGCCGCCGUCUUUGCCGGUCUCAGCCUUGAAUGCUUACGACGAAGAGGAAUCAGGGUUGAGGAGCACCGGCCCCCGUUCCAUGGACCUACCAACAAGCGUUUUCGCAACGCUAUUUCCUUCCCACAACGCAAGAAGUCCAGCGGUGGACGUCGUCGCUGAUCCUAAUACUAUCUCGUCUGCUGGUGUGCGUGUAGAUGAGCAGGAGGUAGUGUCUUCGUCAACGCAACAGCCCAGAAGCGGGAGAAGCGGCACAGUAGACGAGCGAGGCAGCAUGUUCUCAGCGCACUCCGCUGCAGACGGCAGCAAUCCUGGUGUCGUCUCCGGACUGCCCCACUCAGGCCGGGCGGCGUACGCCAUCACCGUGCCGGGCGAGCUGCUCGGCGUGCUGGCCGUGCUCGCGGGAAUCCCGCAGUACUCCCAGUACCGGUGCCGUAUCCUGUGCAAAAGCACCGCACUCGUAGUAAUUGUAGUCAUGCAUGACAAGUCUGGUUCUUUCGCUUUUUCAGCAUUACAAAUUCCAUUUUUCCUUCUGGAAAAAUUUGUAAUGCUAUUUCUACUAGUACGAUACUUUUGCAAUGCAUAUGCCGUACCGCCUGCCGAUUCGUCCUGAUCGAUCGCGACGAGGUUAUCCAGGAAAAAACACCCAUCCCCAUCCAAUUUGUCAUGCAAAAUAUGCAUGAAGUCCACUAUUUGCCAUGCAAAAAAUGGAUCGGGAUGGGUGUUUUUUCCUGGAUAGAGGUCGACCGGCUGCUCCAGCGCUACCCCCUGCAAAUGUCGCUCAACCUGCUGCAGACGGUGAUUCCGAAGGUGAAACCCUCCGUGCGGCGCAUCGAAGCGGCUGUCGAGUCCCGGCUGGUGACCGGCGGCAGGCAGCUGUUUCGCGAGGGUGAGUCGUCAGCGCAGGGCUUCUACAUUGUGAGCAGCGGGAAGCUGUGGCUGGUGCCCGAACGCCAGCUCGGGAUUUACCGAUCAUCCCACACAGCUGCUUCCGGCGGCGGAGCGCGCUCGGGGAGCACAUCAUCGCCCUCGAAAACUGCGAUACACCAUCAGCAGGCGUAUGAAACAAGUGGUCCUCCUCCUCGUAGCGGGAAUAGAAUCAUAGCAAACUCGGAAAAGAAGUACCAGCCACGAUUUCAGCUGUACGACAAGAAGCCAAAGUACCUCGAGCCGUCGCAGUACGAACUGGUACGCAAGGGCGGGAUUUGUGGCGAGAGCGAAUGCUUUUCGCGGCUCCCCUACAACAACACCGCUUAUGCUGCGCGGGAUUCCCACGUCGUGCGCAUCAGCCGGACUCUGCUGCAAAUUUUGUCCCAGGAACACCCGCACUGCAUAUUGAAUUUCACAACCUACUUGCUCUCGAAGGACCAGAGCAAGAAGCUCGAGCAGCGGACCAACCAUAGUGCGGCUGCCAACGUGGCGGCACAACAACUCGGGGACGGCGACGACUUUCGCACCAGUUACAACUUUAUGAAGUGCAAAAGUAUCGUACUCGUAUAAAUGCAUUACAAAUUUCCUUAGCAUGAGAAAUAAAAUUUGUAAUGCUGAUUUGCCUUGAUAAAGAAACUUGUAAUGCAAGACCUGCAUUUAUACGAGUACGAUACUUUUGCGCAGCAUAAACUUCGCGUCCGUGUCCGGUCCAGUUUCGGGCAUGAGCCCUGCGUCCUCGACCAAUCGACUGAGGCGUUCCUCGUCCGACGCACUGGAAACGGAGUCGCCUUCGCGCGUGCGGAAGCGUAGUCUGUCGACGGAUGAGGAGUUGUCGCCCGGGGGGCAUGGUGACGAGCCUGCCACAAGCCACGGUCGCGCCUCGAUCGCCGCCCGUUUAACCGGCGCGCGCCAGAAUCUCACACGGUUCAUUCCUUUCCAGACGGUGUUGCAGAACGUGACGAAGAACACGCAAAAUCUGAAGGCGCAGAUCGAGGACCGCGUAACAAAACGCUUGAAGUCCAUCGUCCACCGGGGCUCCCGCCUCGUGUUUGACGAAACUGCGGAAGAUCAGGACCGAAGAGCAACAACCGCUUCAGGGGCCAGUAGUGCGGUCGUACCACCAGCAGCUAUUCCCGGUGCCAAAGCGAAGGCUAGUACUCCUGGUUCGGCGCUCCCGCGCAUCACCUCGGGCAGCAAUUUGACGCGGCAAAGCAGCUUGGACGAAGCCGAUCUUGGUCACGAUCCCGGAAUGCAAAGCCCACCAGCCGGCGUAGGUGUGUCGCAGGGCAGCAAGGCAACUGGCGCAACAUCGUCGACGGCCUCAUUGGAUUCUCUCGGGGGCGGUGACGAGAACAACAACUUGUUCGCGCAUCACGGGAACAAAAACGUGGCCCAGGGGCCUACACCCGCAUCUUCUUCGCUCGGCGCGAGAGCCCCUAAUGGUUGGCAUGGCAAGCCUUGGACGGGACGCGACACGGGCACGGCAAGUGGCACAACCAAGCAACCGGGUGUGUGUGCCUGGCCGCAUAUGCAGUCCAUAUGUCUCAUCCCAGGCGAUAGCGCCACGCGUGAAAUGUGUGGCGCGCAGUUGCAAAAAUCCAUUGGAAAGUUGCGGCCUACGCACCGGCUCACGGGCUUUGACGAUGUGCGUCUUGCCAUGGCCACCGGCAGUAGUACUAGUGGGUCGCGUGGUGCCCGGGCGCCCAGGCCUCGUCCAGUCUUCGACCAGGGAAGCCUGAUCGUUGACAACGUCACGACGGAGUCAACUGCCAACUUUCUGCCGGAUGAUAUUGAUGGCAACGUCACGCCGCCCCACGCAAAAGCGCACGACCAGGAUAGUUCGUUGUUCACAGCAAGCACCACGGACACGGACUCAAAUCGGAAUGGCGCUACAGGAGGCGGGUCGACGUCACCGACUAAACGAGGACAUCGCCAGGAGCAGGCGACUGCAAUGCGGAACAAAACGAAGGACGCAGCAGAUCAGGCGCAGAUGAACAAGCGCAUCGGGAAGCAGCUUCUAGCGCGCACGCUGGGCGAUUUGGAGGACCGCAGUGACUGUGUUUUGUACGUCGCGGACGCCACUCCCUCCGAGUGGACCCGCGUCUGCCUGCGACAAGCGGACCUGGUGCUUAUCUGCGUGCUGGUGCGCAAAGACGACGUGUCGCCAAACCCGCGACUCGGCACUGCAGAGAUGUACGCGCUGAAGUACACCAAGCGCCACGUGCCGCUCGAGUUUGUCCUUGUCCACGAGGUAUGCAAUGCAAAAGGAUUGUACGUAUACCCAUAGUAUGUAUGAUGUGUGAACAGCUGCAUGGCAAUGAAUCUUCUCAGAAUAGGAACGAUGUUGGAAUUAUUUGUCAUGCAAAUUCUCUUACUCUUCAGAAAGCGUUGUAAUUAAUACGAGUGCGAUACUUUUGCGAUGCAUGCGAGGACGAGCAAGCGCACCUCGCCGCGUUGGAGGAAUUGGUCACCGGUCACGGCGGAGCAGCUACCUCCUCAGCCACUGGGCCAGGAGCGCAGCCCGCUGGUACAGGUUCCGCAGACCAUCAGGACGAAAAUCAUCCAAGUAUUGAUUGCGCAAAAAUGGAUAAGGAGCCGAAGAAGCUAGCCGUUUUCCAGGAGGAGACAGCCGACGGGAUGCAGCAGCUUGGCGAGAACACGAAAGCGAAAGCCUUGAACAUAAAUCCGCUGUUCGACGAGCGGGGGGAUCCAAGUAGUCGACGCGCUCCUAAUGUUGCUGCAGAACCUAAAGGCGAAGCUGGAGCUGCAGCAACAAGCGCUCUGACCGCGGAGAACUUGAAGCUGCAGCUGGAAAACUUCGCCACGGAACUUUACAUCCAAAGCGACCACCGUGCGGACGGAGGAUUUGGCGCCGGGCAGCUGGACCGGUUCGCCUUUGGCUCCCGGCGUGACAUGCUGGCCCCCGGGAUGCGAAACGCCGUGAAGGCGCAAGUGGAGAAGAAGUUGAAGCUCUUAAAGAACAUCCGCGGUCGUUUCAGCACCCGCCACUACCUGAAGGUCCGCAUUCAGAAACUGCGGCAAUACCAAAACACGAGCAUGCGGCGCUGCCACCACGCCCGGCUGGGCGCGAAAACCCUGGCCCACGACCUCGAUCGCUGCGCAAGGAUCCUGCACAACCGCGCCGUCGGGGUAAUCCUGGGUGGCGGUGGCGCAAAGGGCCACGCGCACUUCGGCGUGCUGCAGGCGCUGCUAGAGCUUGAUGUGCCAGUGGACAUCAUAUGCGGCACCAGCAUGGGCUCGAUGGCCGCGGGGAUUUACGCCCUCUACCCGGACUUCGACAUCUGCUUGAACAAAGCGAAGUGGUUGUUCGCGACCCAGUUCACGCGAACCAAAAUGUACAGCGAUCUCACCUGGCCGAUUUUGUCCUACUUUUCCGGCGCAUUUCACAACAACCUCCUUAAAUCCACCUUCGCCCGUGUCCACCUGGAGGACCUGCUUGUCCCCUUCGCCUGUAGCUCGCUCGACAUUCUUAAUUGCGAGCCCGUCAUCCAUAUGCAUUGAAAAAAUAGCUGCGCUACAACUACCGACCUAUUCGUAGCAGCUGUAGGAGCUGCAAGACCAUUUGAACAGCUGGGGUAUGAAAGAUGUAUAUUCAUCAAGUUUGUAGUGAUGCUGAUUUAAAACUACGACCGGCGAAGAAAUCAUGACAAGAAUGAGAUCUAUUGUCAUGAUGCACUAGCGCUCCCGCUGCAGGAUCACCAGCAGUUGCAAUUGCUACGAGUCCUCGUUGGAGUAAUGCUAUACUUUUGCAGAGGAUACUCCACCGCGACGGCGAGUUGUGGCGGGCGGUGCGGGCGAGUAUGAGUCUGGUUGGGUUCGUACCCCCCUUUCCGGGGGACCGCGAUGCCGACGGGAAUGUGACAAGUCUCCUUGUCGACGGCUGCUACAGCAACAAUUUUCCCAUCCAGACGGCCCGCGAUCUGGGGGCCGGGGUCGUGCUCACCGUGGACGUCGCGGCCUUGUACGACCACUUCGACCCCAACUACGGCGACACUUGCAGUGGGUGGAAGAUGCUGUGGCACAAGUGGUUCGGAAGUAAAAGUGAUACAGACCCGGCUACUCCGCAGCCACCGACGAGCUCCAUGGUGCAGGACCGAGUGCUAAACAUGGCCAACGUGCAGAUCUACAAGGACUUCUUUCGCUUCGUUGAUCUCUCCCUCCGGCCGCCGAUCGACACCUACAACUUGCUUGAUUUUGACAAGUUCGACGAACUGAAGACCCUCGGGUACCACUACGCAUUCCCACUGCUCGAGGACUUCCUGGAAAACACGCGCAAGGGGCAGGUGCUGCAAGCGAUUCUGGCGGAUGAUCAGGAAGCGGAGCACGAAGGUGCUUUGGCGGAGGCAGGUGCGACGUUUUUUCAAGCGAGUGGCGGCGAUAUGAGGUCGUCCAAGGCAGGCCCGCGCUCAGACGGAACGACGGCACAGCCGCGGAGCGCCUUGUCUGCCCAUGAAAGUAGCGCGAACGAGCAGGAUCGUGCAAAUAGGACAUUUGAGGAAGACCACUACACAGGUCAGGCUCGGAGAACCCGGAACAUGAGUCGACAAGAAAACAUUUCCGUGCCACAAGCCCUCGGGAUACAGUGCCGCGCAAGCUAUCGCGACUGGCGACGGCGUUCCAUGCGGCAACUGCGAUCGAGCUUCGCGGUGAAAGCAGGAACAACCAAUCCUAGCGACGAGGCAGAAACAGAGUUGAGGGAGAAAAAGAACUUGUGA